AAGAGGGCUGCGUUCAGAUUCCCCACACGGGUGUAUUCUAUUACUAGAAAUGUUAUAGUAUAUGUAACAUAUACUAUAGUGUUUCUACUGAUAGAGUGCACCCGGAUGAGGAAUCUGAACGUACCAUAGAAGAACUGUAUACUAAUUCGGAAGGAAGGAAGGAAGGAUAUAUUUUAGUAGAGGAUUUUUUACUUCGUUAUCCAAAAAGAAGAAGUAGCUAAGGACUGUACCACGUGUUGAUAAGUUUGGUUAAGUUACACUUUUUCGUGCAUCGAAUAAACUACAAUCAAAUAUGGGCAAAAGCAAAGGAAAAAAGAAACCUCUUGUUGAUGAGGAUAUCAAUGAUACAGAUAUCGAGCAUAUGGAUAUGGAAACUGUGACAGACUCAGAAGAGGAAUAUACAGAAGCUGAGAGAAAGUUGCUAGAAAAAGUACGAAAAGGACGUACUCCUGAAAAUUUUGACAGUGAUGAUGAAGUCUAUGGAUUGCAAGAUGAAACUGAGAAUGAGGAAGAUGAUCUACAAGAUUCAGUGGAAUCUGAUAUUGAAGAAUUACAAGAGGACAAUGAUAUACCAGAUGACAGGGCUUGGGGCAGAAAAACGAAAAAUUUCUACUCAUCGGAUUACAGAUAUACGGAUUAUUCAUCAGCAACUCAAAAAGACUUUGCCAAUGCAGAAAUGGAACAGCACGAAGCGAAGAAACUUCACACAAGAUCAGCUGAUGAGAUUUUUGAUAUCAUCGAUGACAGAUUCGUACAACUUACUAAGGAUAAUAAAGAUCAAGAAGACAAUAGGCAAACUUUAGAAUUCAAUAAGUCGAGCAAGAAGCACCAAGAGAUGCUCGCACAAAAGGAAUCCAGAGCAUUUACAGUUCUAGUCAUGGAUUUUAAAGAGCGUAUGACAGAGGUGAAGGAGAUCUUGACACCUUUCCUCAAACUGGUUGAAGAUGGUACUUGUCUUGAUUGUGACGCGGUUACCUUCAUCAAAACUAAAUAUCAUCUUAUAUUAAACUAUUGUAUCAACAUCACCUUCUACUUGAUGCUGAAAGCUAAGGGGUUAUCAACACAAUCGCAUCCAGUUAUCAAGCGGCUAGAACAGUAUCGUCAGUUGCUCAGUCAAUUACAGUCAGGAGAGGGAAAUUUGUUAAAAGAAGUGGCAACAAUAGUCAAUGCGGCUAAAGAGGGCAAACCCCUUUACAGCGUAUCAGAUGGUUCUCAAAGACCAAUUAAGAAGAAAACUUUGAAAUCUGACAGCUUCAGUAAAAUAUUGAUACGUCAAAAAGAGAUGAUGAUGCGAGAAGAGUUACUCGAUAACACAGAUAUCAGUGAAGAAUUUAUAGAUGAAAAUAAUUUCGAUACAGAGAAAAAUUACGAUGAUAAAGACAAAGGAGAUGAAGAGGAUAAAGCUAUGACCAUCGAAGAAGAAAAAAGAGCGAUAACGUAUCAAAUGGCAAAGAACAGAGGUCUCACGCCUUACCGUAAAAAGGAGUUACGUAAUCCACGAGUGAAGCACAGAAAUAAAUACCGUAAAGCUAAAAUCCGCAGAAGAGGCGCGGUAAAAGAAGUAAGGAAAGAAUUGACUCGUUACGCAGGAGAGAUCUCUGGUAUUAAAGCGGGUGUUAAGAAAAGCAUUAAAUUGAAAUAAAAACCAAAUUUUGAUUACAAAUAUUAUUUUAUAGAUAUAUCAUUUUUCUUCAACAUAUUUUGCAAAAAUUUUUAAGUUAUACAUUUUCACUUCUGAUAUCACUAAUCAAAAGUUUUGCGCUGACAAACGAGGAGCCUUAAGUGUAUAUAAUAAUAAUAGUAAUUGUAUAUAAAGUAUCAUAAUAAUUGUAAUAAAACAUAUAAUAAUUA